AUGGCUGAAUCAGAAUGUCACGAUGGUGAAUUCAAGUGUUUAAUACACGAAGAAUGUAUACCUGAAAUGAAACGUUGUGAUGGAACAAAAGAUUGUGAAGAUAACAGUGAUGAGUGGUAUGAGUGUGGAAUUACACAACGACACUGGCUCCCUUUAGAUUUGGAGGUAAGGCUGAUGUAUAAUGAAGAGGAAUCAGUGAAAAGAGGGCGAGUUGAAGUAAGGAGACGUGGAUUUAACGAAGACUUUGGAACGGUUUGUGGUGAGGGUUGGACAACAGAAGAUGCCGCUGUUGUAUGUAGGAUGUUGAAUCAACAAUUUGUUGGCAACGCUUACGCAUACAAUUCUGCUGUUUUCGGAGAAGGAGGCGGAGACAUAUCAAUGUCGAAUGUCGGCUGUAAUGGUAACGAAAGUAACCUAGGAGAUUGCAAGUCACGUGGUUUUGGCUACGGUUUGGUUCAUUGCUCACAUGCGCAGGAUGCCGGUGUCACAUGUGACGGAUCUCAAGUCAUAACGAGCCCACCACCACAAAUACAGGGUCCUGAGUCUGAUGUUCGUCUCAUAAGAGGCUCAAGCUGUUUAUCAGGUCUGCUUCAAGUUUAUCACAAAGAAGAAUGGCGAUUCGUAUGCAAUACUAAUUUUGGAAGUCCCGAUGCCACGGUUGUAUGCAGAACGCUCGGAUUUAAUGCAGGAAAAGGUUAUCUUGAUUAUUUCGGAUAUUUUGGAUUUGGUGAUGGGCUUUACUGGUUGGAUAAUUUGGAUUGCCAUGGAAACGAAAGUCAUAUAUUUAAUUGCACGUCAAAUCCAUUUGGAGAAAAUAAUUGUAACGUGAACCAAGCCGUUGGUUUAUUUUGUUCUGGCCAAAAGGAACUUGAUUGUGAAAAUCAAAAACCUUGCAUUUCAAGUAUAAAUUGCUCAUUUGAAUCGGACGAUUGCUGUUAUGGGUUCAUUUCUCCAGAAAUAGAAGGGAAAGGAACUACUCCUUGGGUCAGAUAUAACGCAGGGCAGAUAACUCUAAAAGAUCAUACAACACAACACGAGUCUGGUUACAUUGCAUAUUACCAAAACAUUUAUGGGAACAAGAACGACUUUGCCUAUCUAGAUCUACCAAAUAUUACACUUCAAGAUCAUAAUCAAAAACUAGAAUUUUACUAUUUGAUAACAUCUAAUUGUGCAAAUGCGUUGUCGCUUAACCUUGUCAAUGCUGAAAAUAAAGUAACAAAUGUUUGGAAACCAACGCCUGUAACCAAGGAGAUAGAAGGGAUGUGGAUCUAUGGUUGUUUUGAUAUAGAACAACAUCAAGACAAAGAAAAUGGUGAUGACAAGUAA